UUGCACAGAGCAAGUGGUCGGCUGGGAACAGACAGAGCCCCUAGCUGGAACCCUGCAAGGAUGCCUGGGUAGGGCUGGAGGAGGAGUCCCUGCCAGGGCAGAGGGAGCCAGGGGGUUAGUGUCUCUCUGGGCAAGGUGCGGCAGCGCCGAGGAAAGGAGGUCGAGGUUGCCGUAGUGCAGAGGAUGUGGGAGAGAUCUCUCCUCAUCGCUGUUUUCUGUGCAGUUUCUUUUUACGAGUCGGUGCGUUUCCGCUUCCUUGGCCGUAAGCUGCAACGAAAGGUCAGGGCCCUUGUGUGAAAAAGGAAGCAAGUGCCCUAGAAACGACAAGUGGGAGAUGAAGAGAAGAGGGCGCUGCUGAGAGAGAGAGAGUUGUUUGGAGAACUCCAGGCCCCGGUGUUGUCUGGAUCCGGCCUCGAGCUGCUGGAAUUGCACUUGAGACCCUGAGAUGACCCAGCCAUUCUCUUUCACCCUUUGCGUUCCGGAGAGUAGGGACGGUGCCAGCCCAGAUCUGAGCCUGGGCGAUGAGGGUGCUAUGCACAGUUCCUUCCAGCAGCUCCUCCAGGAGCAGGAGCAGGAGCAGGAGCAGGAGCUGCAGGAGCUGCAGGAGCUGACCGUCGGGGGCAGAGAAAACCUGGCCCAAGGGGCUGCUGCAGCCGGCCGCACUGAGGUCUGGGAGGAGCCAGAGCCGAGGGGAGAGCACCCGGAUUUCUCUUCAGCCACGCUACAGAUCCUUGCCCGCAUGCCCAGCCGCACCAUCGGGCACAGCCGAGGAGCCAUUAUCUCACAGUGCUACAACCGCACAACCAAGCUUCGCCGCCGGAGCAGCCGGCCGCCGCUGCACCAAGUGUCCCGCUCUGCACGGCCCAGCCUGCGGCAGUACGACCUGGAGCUGGACGCCGGCCGCUCAGAGCAGGAAGACACACACAGCCUGCUGGUGAAGGAGCUGCAGACCCUCUCGAGCAGCCAGAGGAACCACAUACUGCAGGCGAUGCCCGUGAGCCUGGCAGAGAAACGCAGCCUCAGGCAGGAGUUGGGUGGACACAGAAGCACCCUGAGGAAACCCGAGAGGACCAGGUGGCCUUUGUCCUGCUGCGGCCAACUCAAACACAACUUCAUCACAGGGUUCCGAAGUCUCUGGGAUGGGUUCCUCUCCCUCCUCCACUCCCUCCAGCCCUGGCAUCAGUCCCUGAAGCAGAUCGGCGGCCGCUUCGGCUCCAGUGUCUUGUCCUACUUCCUCUUCCUCAAGACGCUUCUCACGUUCAAUGCCUUCUUGUUCCUGACCCUCUUGAUCUUCGUGGUAGCCACGCAGGCCAGGUACCCCCCGGCCGCUGGGAACAGCAGGCUCUUCACAGGGCUUGAGCUCCUCACGGGGGCGGGCUACUUCACUCAGACGCUGAUGUACUACGGCUACUACAGUAACUUCACCCUGAACGACCCCUGCACCCCCAGCUGUGGGAGGUGCCAGCCUGGCAAAGGCCAUCUCCCGUACAACAUGCCGCUGGCCUAUGUGUUCACCAUUGGGGUCUCCUUCUUCAGUACAUGCAUCCUGCUGGUGUACAGCAUGUCCCGAUCCUUUGGCGAGAGUUACCGCGUGGGCAGCACGUCGGGGCACUUUGCCAUGAAAGUGUUCUGUGCCUGGGACUACAAGGUGAUCCAGAGACGCUCCGUCAGGCUGCAGAACGAAAACAUCCGGACCCAGCUGAAGGAGCUGCUAGGAGAGUGGCAAUCCAAGUCCCGCCCACUGAGCCUGUGCAGGAGGCUCGGCAGGAUGGUGGUUCUCAGUCUGGCCUGGGCACUGUCCCUGGGCACCGUCCUAGGCUGUGUCAUCGCAGUGUAUUACUUCUCCGAACACCUGCUCAAGGUGCACCUGGACAGCCGAGACGGGGGGAGCAGCGAGGCCCGGCAGGAAGCCUUCCUGCUGGUCCUGCCUAUGGUGGUGUCCCUGAUGAACCUGGUGAUGCCGUACCUGUAUAACCUGCUGGCAGCCUGGGAGAAGCAGGAGUCUCCAGCGCUGGAGGUGUACGUGGCCAUCUGCAGGAAUUUGAUUCUGAAGAUGGUCGUCCUGGGCCUGCUGUGUUACCACUGGCUGAGUCGGAAGAGGGGAUACUACUUGGAGGACGAGUGCUGGGAGACGUCUGUGGGGCAGGAGCUGUACCGCUUUGUGGUGAUGGAUUUCGUGUUCACGCUCCUGGACACUUUCCUUGGGGAGCUGCUCUGGAGGCUCAUCUUGGAGAAGAAGCUGAUGAGGAAGCAGAGGCCUGAGUUUGACAUUGCCCGGAACGUGCUGGAGCUGAUCUAUGGGCAGACUCUGACCUGGCUGGGGGUUCUCUUUUGCCCCCUCCUCCCAGCCGUCCAGAUCCUCAAGCUGGUGCUCCUGUUCUACAUCAAGAAGACCAGCCUGAUGAAGAACUGCCAGUCUCCCAGCAAGCCGUGGCGCGCAUCUCACAUGAGCACUGUCUUCAUCACCCUCCUGUGCUUCCCCUCGUUCCUGGGCGCCGCGAUCUUCCUCUCCUACACCAUCUGGGCAGUGAGACCAUCCAAAACAUGUGGCCCGUUCCGGAUGCAGGAGACCAUCUACGAGUCAGGGAAGACUUGGGUUCAAGAGCUGGAGAAAUGCAGCCCAAACAUCGCCUGGUUCACCUGGAUCCACAAACACCUGGUGGGAAAUACCUUCUUCCUGUUCUUUGUGUCCGGAGUCCUGCUAGCUGUGAUCUACCUCCACAUCCAGGUGGUGAAAGGCCAGCGGAGAAUCAUCCGCCUGCUGAAGGAACAGAUUGCCAACGAAGGGGAAGAUAAGGUAUUUCUCAUUCAGAGGCUUCAGUGCAUUUAUGGGAAGCAAGAGACGCAUCCUUGCAUGCCAGGAAGGAAGGAGCUGAAUGCGUGACCAGGACUUUCCCUCUGGCCGCAGCCUCGCGUUGGAGAGACCGGAGCCGGGAAUGGACUUUACAGGGCUGCGCUGAGAGAUGCAGACAUAUCGCUGAGAAAACCAGUCUCCUGCUGGUGCUGGUACCCAGGCCCUGCCCUACAGCUGCACUGGCGUGUUCUCUUUGGGCAAAAACCUCCGCUCCUGUCAUGAGCUGGUGCUUGUGACUCUGUCUCCCCAGGGAAGGCUGCCGAGACCUUGCCUUCCAUCAGGGCACGGGGUCCAGAAGCCGUGCGGGCGGUCAGGCACGGCUAGAGCUGAGCACACCUGGUGCCAAUGGGCCCAAACCAGCCUCUCGUCUGACAGUGGGAUGUUUAACGCUGCUGGGCCUUCAGCGGGUGUCUGCGAAGCCACCAGACCCCAACCUGGCUGUCCCAGCAGCUGGGUGGUUUUCAGGAAGCCCCUCCCCUGGGGACAUGUUAGCUGUUACUAUUAAAACCACGCUCCCUCUUUCUAAGCUCCGAGUUCGGAGUGUGAAUGGCAGAGCCA